UAUUUUUUAAAUUUUUCUGGCCGCGCGUUGUUUUGGGCUGUACACAUCUUAAUUUUUGUAAUCCUUUGAAUUUCAAAUAUCAAGAAAUUUUUAAAUUUCUUUCCAACUUCUAAAUAUUCUCUAAAACUGCUCAAGACUUUUGGUGUUAACUCAAGAUUUUUCCUUUCUUUGGUUUUGAGUCUUUCGUUUUUGGACAGCUUUACUACUAUUGCUGCACAUUCAUGAUGGAGUUUGAAUGGUUCAGUGCGGCCUCCCCUAAGACAGUCAUUUCUAGGUGUAUUCUCUUUCCUUUUUUAUUAAAUUUAAAUUAUUUUUUAACAAUUUUUCCAGCUUUUCCAUUUAAUACCCCCACCCCCUUCAAUUUAUUUUCUUUUAAAAAUUUUUAAUCGUUUUUAAUCUUUUUAUUUGGUUAUUUAACAAUUUAAGUAUUUCUUUAGAAAAAAUAAUUUUAUUUAAAAUUAAAUACUUUUUAAACAAUUUUUUCUUUCCGUUCAUUUUAAAUAUUUAUUUUGUUCGUGCUUUGCUCUCUUCUCUCCCUCCCAUCAAUCUCCCGACAGUUCGGAGAUGGUUUUUUUUAUUAGCAAAACAUGUCAGUGCAUUUUUUACGUAAAAAAGGC